AUGGCGACGGAGCCGACAGAGGACAUCGAGUUCCUCUGGAAGUGGCGCAAGUACCUGCUGCUGCUCGCCACGCUGGUCGCUAGCGUCACCUACGUGGCCGGCCUCAACCCGCCGGGCGGCAUCAGGUCCGAGGAUGGAGGCAACGAGCCAGAGUACCGCGCCGGCGCCGUCCACCCGCAUCCGCCGGCACCGGCAGCCCCGGCGCCCGCGGUCUACCCGUUCCGCGUCGGCGAUCCAGUGCUCGUGCACACCUACUCGCGCCGGUACACCGCUUUCUUCUACUCCAACGCGACCGCCUUCGUCGCGUCGCUGGUGGUCAUCAUGUUCCUGCUGGACCGGCGCAUCAGCGGCAACCGCGUGGGCCUCACCGUGCUCCGCUCCGCCAUGCUGCUCGACCUGCUCGCGCUCAUGGCCGCCUUCGCCGCCGGGAGCUGCCGCAACGUGUUCGCCUCCAUCUACGUCUCCGCGCUCUUCGGCCUCGUCUUCGCCUACGUCGCCGUCCACGUCUACGCGGAAACGCGUGGGAAGAAAAUACCGGUGGACUCGUGUGCUUGGCGGAGCCCCGAGGAGGAGAAGCGCCUCAAGGAGCGCCGCAAGUUCCUCCUGCUGCUCGCCACCUUCGCCACGCCGCUGACGUACGGCGCGGGGCUGGCGCCGCCGGGAGGCUUCUGGAGCGAGACCAGGCCGGGGCAUCGCGCCGGCGCCCCGCUGCUGCACGACGGACCCUACAAGAUCCGCUACCACGCCUUCUUCUACGCCAACGCCAACUCCUUCGUCGCCUCCCUCGCCAUCAUCAUGCUCCUCGCCAGCUCCUACGCGCUGCCCGUGUGCGUCCUGGUGGAGCUGCUGGGCCUCAUGGCCGCGUACGCCGCCGGGAGCUGCCGGUGGAUCACCACCACCGUGUACAUCAUAUUCCUCGUCGGCGCCGUUUUCCUCUACAUUCUGCUGCAGGUGGUCAUCGCCGGGCACACCAAGGGCAUGUUCACGAAAUGCCGUCGACGCAUCUGCCGCAUACUGACCUGCGCCGACCUGCCGCCGCCAGACACGUACGUAAAUGUAAUCAAGCUCACACCCCGUUGAUCUACACAUACAGUGCGAGCUUCAUCUCCA